GCCAACAUUCGCGCAGCUUCGAAAACAGAAAGAAAUAGAGCUCUGUGAGUGAGUGAGCGAUUCCUCGAUUAAACGUCGACGUUUAACGUUUAAUCAGAAACCCUAGGAUCCUUCAUUUGAGUAUCACGCUCUUCAUAUUCGUCGCGAUUCUGGCAGCGGAGCUUGAUGGCGACCAUUAGGCCAUUACCGGAAUCUGUUCGUAGCUCAAUUCGUUCCGGCAUUUCGUUAUUUGAUUUCACAAGAAUCGUCGAGGAACUGGUUUUCAAUAGCCUCGAUGCUCGUGCUACAAAGGUAUCGGUGUUUGUUAAUAUUGGGAGCUGCUUCUUAAAAGUAGUUGAUGACGGAGAUGGAAUUACUCGAGAUGGACUGGAAUUGGUGGGAGAAAGAUAUGCAACAUCAAAAUUUCUUAAUUUGGCUGACCUAAAUACAACAAGUGAAAACUUUGGUUUUCGUGGUGAAGCUUUAGCUUCCAUUUCCGAAGUCUCUUUGUUGGAAAUAGUGACAAGAGCUUAUGGAAGGCCAAAUGGUUAUAGAAAAGUAUUGAAGGGGUGCAAGUGUUUAUACCUUGGUAUUGAUGAUGAUAGAAAGGAAGCAGGCACAACAGUCAUUGUCUGUGAAAUAUUUUACAACCAACCAGUUCGGAGGAAGCACAUUGAAUCAAGCCCCAAUAAGGUACUCCAAUCAAUCAAGAAAUGUGUAAUGCGGCUUGCACUCGUGUGCCCAAAUAUUUCCUUCAAAGUUGUUGAUAUUGAAAGAGAGGAUGAGCUUUUCUGCUCACAUUCUGCUGCUUCUCCACUGUCACUUGUAACCGCUGGCUUUGGGGUGGAGGUCACAAACUCUCUUCAUGAAUUAGAAGUUGAAAACAAUAUCAUAAAGCUUACUGGAUACAUAUCAGGUCCUUGCAAUACCAUUGAUAUGAAGGCCUUACAGUAUCUCUAUAUUAACUCACAGUUCGUUUGCAAGGGACCCAUUCAUAAGCUUUUAAGUCAACUGGCUAUUAGAUUUGAGCAUCGUAACUCGUGGAGUGCUGAUAGUGAAUGCAAAAACAAAAAGAGAGACAGAUCGCAGCCAUGUCCGGCAUAUAUCUUGAAUUUAAGGUGCCCCCGCUCUUUAUAUGUUUUGAGCUUUGAGCCAUCAAAAACUUAUGUUGAAUUCAAGGAUUGGACUCCAAUACUAAACUUCAUUGAAAAGGUCAUCAGACAUUUCUGGGAGGGAAGCAUAGCUUAUGGCGAUUCCACCAAUAAAGCCACUUAUACUGUUCAAAAAGAUCAACGGAAAAAAGUAGAUCCAGAAGUCAACACCAUUUCAGUGGAAUCAGAUGUAUCAAAAUUUGGCAACCAAAAUCGUAAGGGUUGUUUAGACCUCUUCUUUUCCACUUCAGACAAGCUAACUGAAGAUGACAAUCAUCAAUGCAACAGGGAGGAUGUUAGAACCAAUGUUGGUUACUUACAUCGAAGAACUGAGAUGUUCAAAGACAAACAUAACACGGGAGGGCUUCAUUGUCGGACCGGUUAUUCUGGAAAUUUACUGGACGUUUCAUACGCCAAAAGCAUGUCCACCACUAAGAAAAAGAACAACAAUUUUUCGACGUAUGAUGACAAUGAUUUAUUACAAGGAGUUUAUUUUUCAGAUGGUAUGCGUCCUACUGUAGAAAAUUUAUAUGAUAACAUACCUUUUUAUGCAACAAGUUCUUCACAUGGAAGAUUAUUAAAUAAAGCAGAUGCUAGUGUGCUAUGUGAAUCAUUUGAAGGUGAUUUUCAAAAGCCUUUUCUAAAGAGCUGCUCUACACAAAAAGGAAGUAUUCUGCAUGAGAAGGCUUUGCUCGUAAAUAAUGAACCUGAACUCCAAACUUUUAGCUUUUGGAGCAAGAAAAAUCUAUGGGGGGAUUGUUUCAUUGGUAAGGAUUUAAAUGCCCUUCCCUGUGUAGAAAUUGCAAAAAAAUUGAAGAUGUCUGAAGAUUCUAAUUUUCUUUUAAGAGCACAGUCUGAAGAAAAUUGUCGACCUUCAGAUUCAUGGUAUUCAGCAACACAAAUAGGAAACUCUAGUUCUGAUGAUCAGUUACCAAACUCUGAAAGGCAUCCUGUUUAUCAAGGUCCCUCACCUAAGGCUACUGCAUUGGAUGUUUAUCUUACCGAUGAUACUAAUGAUCUUAAAAGAGCAUCUAGAUACCGUGAAAGGACUCACCAUACACAAAAUUUUCAUGAGGAAGAAUUUGGGAACAACUUCAGUUACAAUCUUGAGGGAGCGUCUAAAUACUGCAAAAGGAACCAUCGUACACGUGUUUUUGAUGAUGAAGAAAAAGGGUACAACUUCAGUUAUGAUAUGUCAAGGCAUGCUAACUGGCUACCCUGCACCUCAAAUUUUGCACAUAGUGGAUUUAGUUUUGAUCGUGCUGUUGAUUUUAAUGAAUUUUUCAAUCGAUUGGUUGACUGGCCUGAUUUCGGUGAUUCAUAUUUCCCAAAAAGGUCGGGUAUUGUAAAUAUGGAAACCGACUUACUAUUACCUGAGUCAUAUGUUGGAAACUGUACGAAACCCAACAUUAACAAAGGCAAAAGGGAUCGUUUUAAGCAUCCAGCUUUGGAAAAGACUCAUGCAAGAUCUAAAAGAAGCUUCUCAGCUCCACCAUUUCAUAGAAGUAAAAGGAGGUUUUUCUCUCUAAAUCAGCUUCCAGAAACGGUACCUAAGAGAUCUACCGGCCAAGCAUCCCACUCUACCGCCAAUCUUCUAGAAGCCAGUGAUUUAAAAUAUUCUCAACAUCCUUCUGGUGCUUUUCACCCCAGCAAUGAAGAUCUAUUGCAAGAAUUUAAAACUAAUGUGAAACGGAGUUCAGAGGUUCUUGGGGCUCCACAGGUUGAUGACAUUGGUAAGACUGAUGGUUUUGAAAGUUUCAAUGUUCAACAGAAUGAUCCAUUCAGAGAAUUGAUAUCUAGGGAAGUGCAAGAUCCCAUAGAUCACAGGACCAAAUGGAGGAGCUGCUCACCCCAAACUCCAAAGAACGAUAAACUAAUUGAUAUUGGAAAUCAAAACAAUAUACUUGAUAUCUCUUCUGGAUUCUUGCAUCUUGCCGGAAAUUCACUAAUACCUGAAACUAUCGGUAAGAAAUGCCUCGAGGAUGCCAAAGUUCUCCAUCAGGUUGAUAAGAAAUUCAUUCCAAUCACGGCUGGCAGAACCCUUGCCGUUAUUGAUCAGCAUGCUGCAGACGAAAGAAUCAGACUGGAAGACUUACGUCAAAAGGUAUUAUCUGGAGAAGCAAAAGCAUUAACCUAUCUAGACGCUGAACAGGAGCUGGUGCUGCCAGAGAUGGGUUAUCAAUUACUUAAUAGUUAUGGUGAACAGAUAAAAGAUUGGGGCUGGAUCUGUAAGAGUCAUACUCAAAAUUCUGAAUCCUUUAGAAGGAAUUUGGAUAUUCUCAACAGACAACAAAUGACCAUCACCCUUGUUGCGGUACCGUCUAUUUUUGGUGUCAAUUUAAAUGAUGUUGAUCUAUUAGAGUUUCUUCAGCAGCUUGCUGAUACUGAUGGAUCAUCAACAAUGCCACCGUCCGUUGUACGACUCCUAAAUUCUAAAGCAUGCAGAGGUGCAAUUAUGUUUGGGGAUUCAUUGCUACCAUUGGAAUGUUCCCUUCUAGUUGAAGAGCUAAAGCAUACAUCACUCUGUUUCCAGUGUGCUCAUGGACGACCAACCACUGUUCCUCUAGUCAACUUGGAGGCACUGCAUAAUCAAAUUACCAAGCUUGGACUGAUGAAUGAGGGCUCAAGUAAUAAUAAGUGGCAUGGUUUACAAAGACAUAAAGUGUGUUUAGAACGUGCAGUACUCCGUUUAAAUUCUGCUAAGAGUUGAGACUUGAGAAGAAACCAAAGUUGUUACUUACUGCUAGUUAUAGAGAGAUCAGUUCGACAUAAAUAAUGCUCUCCUGCGUGAUCAGACUUUUUGAUACGAGCCUACAGCAACAAAAUUAUGAAUAAUGAAACACUCGGCAUGUAUAUUAGUGUAAUGCCAUUUGAUAAAGUUUUGUUAUAAUAGUGGAUCGAAAUUAGGAUGUAGAUACAAUCAGCCAAUAGUCAAUAUACAAUUUUGUUUGGGGCUUAUUAUCAAUGUAGCACAAACACAGAUAUGUAAUUGAUGGAACUUGGUGAAUAA